AUGCUGACAUUGUUUGCGCCAAUCGGAGUAAUAUUGCUGAUGAUUGGUGUGGUUGCGUCCACAUCGGGUGCAUUCCUCGCCAUUUUGUCGGCAAUACUAUCGGUGUUCAUGAAAACACCCGAUUCGGUGACAACGCCUGCAAACUAUGCCGACGGCAAACAAGUGCCCGAAAUUACUAUCGAAAGUACCAACUAUUGUGAAAACUUUGACGACAAUCUUUGCGAACAAACUUCUCAACAAUUAUCACCAAAAGACUUGUCUAAUCACACAAAUGACAACAAUCAAGAUUUUACCGACAAAUUGGAUCCUGUAUUUUGGUCCAACUAUCCUGAGGCUCAAAAUCCAAAAUCGUAUUUGAAUUCAUUCGGAGAUUUACCAAAAAUAAUCUCAUCUCCAGAGCCGUCAUCUCAGGCGGGAAAGAGUGGAAAGAGUGGUCACAAAACAUUCAAAGAUAAAUAUGACGACCAAAUCAAGAGAAGAAUAUCAAAGACUAUGAAAAUGGGUGUCAAACGAAAAACUAUAUCUCGAACUGAGUUAACGCGAGACUAUAGCGACGAUGAGAUCACCUCGAGUUCAUCCACUUCUCCGUCCAUUUCACCCGUCAAUCAUAAACACAGUUAUUAUCAGAUGAAAGCCAAUCAAUACGGUUCCGAACCCAACGAAAGUAUUAUUACGAUUGAAAAUUUUCACUUUAAUGUUAACACAACCGAUGAUAACAAUGAAUCCGAGUCGGCCUCAGCUGUCUGUUCAACGCCUGAUGUCAUCUUUGCCCACAAAAGUAGUGCCGAUGAAAACACAACCGAAGAUAAUAGUGAUUAUACGACAACCAAUCACUCAAAUAGUGUAGCGGUGAGAGCGCGCGGCGCGCACUCUAGUGGUAGAGCUUUGAUAGGGAUUCGGUUCACUACCGGAAGCGGAAGUAAACCAAUUCAGACCGAAUGUUCGGUCAGACGUCUCCCGACGGAACCUCACUGUUCACUGCCUUUGGUCGCCCUCAGAGCUUAUCCCAGCCUACGGCCAAUUGUAGGCUAA